AGCAGGAGUAUAGAUGGCCGUCUGGAUCGAGGCAAGGUGUUCUGUUCUGAUCGUAGCGAGAGAGAGAGAGAGAAGGAAGAGGGGCGCACCAAGCGCAGCGAGCCGAGAGCCGCCGAGGCAGCGGCGCGACCACCGACUGCGACUGAUUCUGGCAUUGCAUGUUGAGAGCUCGGCCAGGCAACGUCGUGCUGCUGCCUCUCUCUUCCUGCCGUCUGUGCACGCCGGUUCUUGUGAGGGUGAAAGCAGCCCCCGGACUGCCAGUGCCGAACACAAAUUUGUCGCGAGUUGUGCGUCUCGAGUGCGACCCCGCCAGUGCGAUUACGGAUAUUCAUUACGAAAUUUUAUAGAAGCAGCGUGGUUGUUUGUUGUGAGUGCAUCUACCUUUGCCAGCGAGCUGCCAGCCAUUACUCGAGGUCGUGCUAAGCGAAAGAAUGUCUCGAGAGGCGCUCCGCUAAACUUGGAGGAAAUGCAGACGGAGGAAACCUACCGGCCGCGCCGGACACCUGUGAUACAGCCGCCGCCAACGAGGAAGAUGGCCCUCGUGAUCAAGACUUGCAUCGUCUCCACCCUCCUACUAGUCCUUUUCGCGCGCCAGACUGCAGCAGAAAAAGUGAUGUUGUACGACACAAAGAACUCCACCAACAGUCUUGGCUGGAAAACCCACAGAACCGUCGGAUCAGGGUUUUUGGAAGAGUCCGAGUACAGAUCUGAAGAGGGCUACCGAGCGUACACGGCGUGUGACUACAUGGUCGAGGGCGUCGAUAACUGGCUGAUGAUGCCCCUGAUCAAGCGGGGAGAGGCCAACCGCAUAUACAUAAACACCCUGUUCUCCAUUCGUGACUGCUCCUCGCUGUCGAACGCGGUGCGCACCUGCAAGGAGACCGCCAGCGUUUACUAUCACGAGAUGAGCGGCGAGACCGGCUCCACGCUUCCAGACGACAGGGAGAGCUACAAAUUCCUCGGCAAGUUGGUGACCAAAACCUUCUCAGCCUCUGAGUCCGUGGCGGACACCAACACCACACAGUCCAUCCCGGCGUCCGAGCACGGCGUCUUCUUCGCCUUCAAGGACGAGGGCACUUGCAUCACUUUGCUCUCCGUUCAGGUGUUCUACUUGAGAUGUCCCGAAGUAACCGCCAACUUGACACACUUCCCUGCCACCGCGACAGGUCGCUCGUCGUCCGAUUUCGUGAUGGCGACCGGCGAGUGCGUGGCCAACGCCGAGGCUGUCGACCCUUACGGCGUAAAAUCCCAAACGAUACCCCAAAGCUGGUGCAAGCCUGACGGCAAGUGGUUCUCGGUCGAAAGCGUCGUCAAUUGCAAGUGCAAGCCCGGAUACGAACCCGACGCCAAUAAUGUUUCCUGCAAAGUGUGUCCACCUGGCAAGUACAAAUCCAACGCCGCACACAACGAAUGCUCGCCGUGUCCGGAGAACAGCCGGGCCGACGACGAAGGAAUGACCGAGUGCACGUGUUUGCCCGGCUACUACCGAUCGUCCACGGACCCCAAGUCGAUGCCCUGCACAGUGUCUCCGACGGCGCCGCAGAAUCUGACCGUCACCGCCGUGGACCAGUCGAGCAUCAGUUUGACCUGGCAGCCACCGCAGUCUCAGGGCGGACGCACCGACACCUACUACAGUAUCGUCUGCGAUGUGUGCAGCGACAGCGCAACUGUCGAGCCCAAUCUUGACAACUUCCGCGAGACGUACGUCACGAUCUCAGGGCUGCAGCCAAUGACUUCAUAUGGCAUCAAAGUGUUUGCCAGAAACGGUGUCUCAGAGCAGUCGACCGACAAGACAGCGUACGCCGACAUCAUGGUGUCGACAACCGCGUCGGUGCCAUCGUCAGUCUCAAACGUCAGGGUAACCAGCAUCAAGUCCACUGAGGUCACGCUAGCGUGGGACUCGCCUGAGGACUAUCCCAGAGACGUCGAAAUGUUUGAGGUCCGCUAUUUCAUCAAGGGACCGAACAACGUGCAACACUCAGCCCUGUCCAACGACACUUUCAAGCUGCUGACAGGCCUGCGGCAGAAGACGGAGUACGGCUUCCAGGUGAGGACGAAAACCAAGUCUGGCUGGGGAGAGUUGAGUCCGCCCAUCUACAAGACGACAGGUCAGGUGCUGAAUCCAGCCUUCGUGGUCGAGGAGGAGGACAACGUGCAGAUGCGGAUCGUGGCUGGCGCGAUCGUCGGCACGGUGGUGGUGGUCGUGCUGGUCAUCGUGCUAGUGGUGCUUUUCUUCCGAAGUCGCGGGUCUGACGACUGCAAUAAGAAGCAGCCGAGCGACUGCGACACUCUCGAGUACCGCAACGGCGAAGUGCACUGCAAUUUGGACAGCCCUCCUAUUGUUACCACCCAUACCAAUGGCAUGACAACUCCACUUUUCACCCAAGUCGGCGCCUCGCGCACCUACAUCGACCCGCACACGUACGAAGACCCGAACCAGGCGGUGCGCGAGUUCGCACGCGAAAUCGACGCCUCUUGCAUCACCAUCGAGGCCAUCAUCGGCGGCGGCGAGUUUGGCGACGUGUGCCGCGGUAAGCUGAGGCUCGCGGGCCGCGCCGAGGCCGACGUCGCCAUCAAGACGCUCAAGCCUGGCAGCUCCAACAAGGCUCGCAUGGACUUCCUCACCGAGGCCAGCAUCAUGGGACAGUUUGAACACCCCAACGUCAUCUUCCUGCAGGGCGUCGUCACCAAGUCUAACCCCGUUAUGAUCAUCACCGAGUACAUGGAGAAUGGCUCCCUCGAUACCUUCCUCAGGGCAAACGACGGCCAGUUCCAGGUGCUUCAGCUUGCAGGCAUGCUGCGUGGCAUCGCUGCGGGGAUGCAGUACCUGUCCGAAAUGAACUACGUGCACCGCGACCUGGCUGCCCGCAACGUGCUGGUUAACGCGCAGCUCGUCUGCAAAAUCGCUGACUUUGGCCUGAGCCGGGAGAUCGAGAGCACCACUGAGGGAGCCUACACCACAAGAGGUGGAAAGAUUCCCGUGCGGUGGACGGCGCCCGAGGCCAUCGCCUUCCGCAAAUUCACGUCCGCCUCUGACGUGUGGAGCUUCGGCAUCGUGUGCUGGGAAGUCAUGUCCUACGGUGAGCGACCGUACUGGAACUGGAGCAACCAAGACGUCAUCAAGUCCAUCGAGAAGGGAUACAGACUCCCUGCGCCGAUGGACUGUCCCGAAGCUGUGUAUCAGCUGAUGUUAGACUGCUGGCAAAAGGAGCGGACCCACAGACCAACCUUUGCUUCCAUUGUCAAAACCCUGGACAAACUGAUCCGCUGCCCAGACACCCUGCGCAAGAUUGCACAAAAUAGAAACGCCAACCCGCUGUCGGCGAACGCGCCCGACCUGACGCAGUUCACCAGCGUGGAGGAGUGGUUGUCGUCGAUCAAGAUGGCGCGCUACACGGACAACUUCCAGCGUGCUGGCAUCUGCAGCAUAGACGCGGUGGUGCGGCUGACAGUGAAAGAACUGACUGCGCUCGGCAUCACGCUCGUCGGCCACCAGAAGAAAAUCAUGAACAGUGUGCAGGCGAUGCGCGCCCAAAUCCAGGCCAACCUCUCCGAGGGCUUCCUCGUCUAGUGCGUCUCUCCCCGCCCUUUCUCGUAAAUGGUUCCUGAUCUUACUUAAACGAACAAAUUUGAAACUGACGCGGACAAGUGAGAGCAAAAACAGUGACACUCGCAGCAGAUGAGAAUAUGUGAUGGUGUAAAUAGCACGGACUGUACCAUUCUUUUUUUUAAACGUGACCAUGAAUCUCUUUAGCUAAAGUCCCGUCGCGCUUUUCCAUCGAAACAGUAGUCAUUCGAUAUCCACACCCGGACUUUUACUCCGGGGCGAUAUUUUUUUUUCUUUCAGUUUUAAUAUAAUAUUCCAAUAUUUAACACGCCAACUCGUUUUUCGAUCGAAUCGCGUCGGGAUCAAUAUAUUUUAUGCUUUUCACAUAUGUGUGUACGUAUGUAAUCUCCCCAAGACUGGGCGGAAAAUCGUUUCAGCGUUUGUGCGCGCCCUCCCUUUUGCCAAAAAGGAGUCAAAUCACUCGAGAGACCCGUCCCUAUUUAAAACAGACAAAAACUGUACUCGUAGCGAGAGGGUGAGUAAAACGAAUACGCGGAAAUCAAACUUCUCGGCUAGACGAAUAAGUAGGAAUAAAAGAGAGCUGAGCGAAUGCUUUUAAAUGUACGCGACAUAUCAGUGUUGUUUCGUUCGUUUGUUCGAGUGUGCGAGUGCGAAGAAGAAAAACCAUGCCUGCCAUGCCAUCCCGCGACGAUGAUUUUCAUAUUCUCCUUACUUAGCAGCCAGCUUUCUGACGAUUUAAGUUUCAGUACAUUCUAUCGAGGGUUGCCAGACCCGUACCAAACUGUUCCGUAGCUUAUAUAUAUUAUUUUGUUCCGCGCCGGGAUCCCAGUGUGCAGUAAUGGCCACCGCCAGGGCUCCGAUUGUAAAUCUUGUCAAAACUGUAAUGAGAAUUCGUCCAAAACUCAACUAAACAAGGCAGCCUCCAGCAUAAAAAUCGCAACUCGCUUCAGGAUCCCAGUGCUGUACCUCGCCCUUAAAUUAAAAACAUGUGAUAAGGAGUAAUAAACAUACACCCCCACUCUUGUGUAAGCCGCCAUUCUAUUUGAAGUAAAAACCAUUUGAAGCGAGACGUGGAAAUGUAAUUGAGAAACCGAACGACCCGCUAUUAUUUAGAACUACCGCUAAUUAAUGUCACUCGUGUUAGUUGAAACGAUGAUGUACUAUUGUGUGUAUUUAUUACAACAGCUACUCGCAAUGUGAUAAAGCUCUACUUUUUAUUAAGAAAUAACAUACGCAUCAGGGUUAUUUUUGAAAAGGGCACGAACUCUUCAAGCUGCUGUAAAUGACCGCUUCAAAACGAUGUUAUAAUGCAUAAAUUAUCUCGUGUGUAAUUAAACAAAAAAAAUGAAACUUUUGCAGUCUACAGAUACGAAAUUCGAAAGUGGGACGUUCGGUGCGCGCGUUUCUCGCUGGAUUUUACCGCAGAUGUAUAUGAAUUUAUAGACAUUCCUGGGUUGACAAUGAAUUGAUUGUUCGAUGAUUUUCGUGACGGUAUCAACAGGUUCCUAACUGAAAUAAUCAAGACAUUGACACACGCCUCGGUUUCUGCAUUUCUUUUUCUGUUCCGUUUUCCGGCGAAUCUCCAGAUUCGAACUCGACUCUUUUCCGCUUGCUUUACAGGAGAGUGUUCUCGUUUUUCGUCAAGUCUCUUGAUUAGCCUCUACUGCUGCCAUAAUACAUAAUGUUACAUUAAACAAUGAAUGCAUACAAUGACACGUCCGAUUAACGAUAUCGCAAUGAGCAAAACUGGGUUCAUUUUCUAUACACAAACACACCAUUUUUACACUUAAACACACACACACAACGCAGCUUUGAUUCGUCGGUUCUUUUCAAAGGUUAGUGCGUUCGGAAGAGUUGGAAUUAACUUAAUAAAUAAUGUGUAUAAAUCUCAAAUUGUCUGGAGAAACGAGCUUUUUCAGUACACACGUAAGAGUAAAUAUCAGUUAGAUAAUUUCCCGCAUCGGUGUCGCGCGAGGAAUAUAUACAAUUAAUUUCUUUGCUGUUGCAAACAAUCAGAAUCCAUUUUUCUUAUUCUCUCCAUUUAAACGAACAAAAACAUAGCCCACUGCACUGAUGUUCCUUUAAAUGAUAAUGAAUAAUUAGGUGUUAACUACGGACACGUGGCGACGUGCGAAAAAAUCUAUUCUUCAGCAAAGCAAUUAAUUUUUUACUUUUGUCGCACGGGAACGAUAAAUAAUGUUAGGGCCCGUUUUUUGGAGCAGGCCUACAGAAAGACAAGCAAUAAUAAUCAGCGUCGUUUUUAUGCGUGAUUCCGUGCCGUGCGUGCGUGCAUCGUUCGUUCGGCGCAGGAAGGACGAGGAAAUCAAACCUAUGAAAUAGCGUUGUAAAAGCAUUAUUCUUCUAUAUAAGACGUGGAUUUCCGUUCAAUUCAAUCAGCGGCGCGACUUUUUGAUUGUGGUGGACACGAGAAGGAUGGCAUUUUUGGAAUCUUCGAUUUGAUCUGUGAUUUAUGUAAAAAGUAAAAUUACGCUCCGACUCGGAUGGCAAAUUUAUAUGUACAGAAUAAAUUCGGUUUCGAGCCGGCAAAUGUUCGAAAUUAUUUAUUUCACUCUGAAAGGCGGUAAUGACGAAUGACGGAAUUUUGCACGUGUUUAGCGCGAGGAAUCCGACAUUGCAUUAUUAUAAAUAUACUGAUUAUUUAUAUGAAAAAGCAGAACAUUGAUUGAGUCGUAACGAAAAGAAGGAAAGUAAAACAAUGUUUUUUAUGCAUUACUUGAUGUAAAAUAUGUAUGAUAUUUGUAAAGACGACGAAAACAAAAUACAUUGGUUUGUAUGUGAUGAAACUAAAUAUAA